CUCCUUCACUAUCUUCAUAAUUUCUUGCAGAUUUCCCGUUUCCAUUCGAGCUUCUCAUUGUAAUUCGACUUCUUUGCAUUUGCUUCGGAUUCGGGAUUGAGUUAAUGAAAUUCCGAGCAGCUUCUGGGAAGAGGUAGCUUGUGAAUUUGUUAUGGCUUCAAUAAAAUGUUGUGUGCAUUUAGAUAGUUGUGAUUCGAAGAAACUUAACUCCGUUUUGCAGUUCUGUGAUCGGGGAUUGAUUUUUGCCUUUACUAGUGUGACAAACAACUCCUUUUGUAAGUUAAAGAAAGUUAGGGUUUCUAGGUUAGAUACGGAAUUUUCGGAUGUUUUACAAUCAUGUGAUGUUGAUAGACCUGUGGAUUUGAGCGAUGAGAAUGUGGUUUUGCAAAGCCCUAAAUUAUAUGGGGAGCUUAGGAAGGGGAAAAGGAGUAUAUGGAAGCGAUUGGAUGGUAUGAAAAAUGUAGCCAGCGAUUUGAAGGUGAUGCAUAAUUCCACCAAUGAAAAUGAAAGCCAACAAGAAAUCAUUUUGGAUCAUGAGGAAAAUGAUGAUGCAUUCUAUGAGAAACUAAGUUCCAGUGGACAUGAAUCGAGUUUGGGACACUGCAACUUUAUCUUGGAGAAGCUUGAGAGGAGUGGUCGUGAUGAUGAAGCUUUAAAGUUCUUCAAGUGGAUGAGAAUCAAUGGUAAGUUGAUGCAGAAUGUCAAUGCUUACAAGUUAGCUUUGAGGGUGUUGGGUAGGAGACAAGAUUGGGAAGGUGCAGAAAGGUUGAUUCAGGAGAUGCAGAUGGAUUCACGUUGUGAACUCAGUUUCCAGGUUUUCAAUACGCUUAUCUUUGCUUGUAAAAGGCGGGGGCUUGUGGAGAUUGGCACAAAAUGGUUUCGAAUGAUGUUAGAUAAAGGAGUACAGCCUAAUGUUGCUAGUUUUGGCAUGGUUAUGAGUCUUUACCAGAAGGGUCGGGUUAUUGAUGACGCAGAGUUUGCGUUUUCACAGAUGAGAAAUUUGACCAUUGUAUGUCAUAGUGCAUACUCGGCUAUGAUCACUAUGUAUACGCGCCUUGGGUUACACGAGAAGGCAGAAGAGGUUAUUGGGUUCUUGAGGAAGGAUAGAGUGAUUUUGAAUCUUGAAAAUUGGUUGGUUUUACUUAAUGCAUACAGUCGAAAUGGGAAGUUAGAUGAAGCCGAGAAGGUGUUGGCCUCAAUGCAUGCAGCUGGAUUCUCCCCUCAUAUUGUUGCUUACAAUACACUUAUAACUGGAUAUGGGAAAGUCUCAAACAUGGAGGCUGCUGAAAGAAUUCUUCAGAAUCUUGUUUCUGCCGGUUUGAAGCCUGACGAGACCAGUUAUAGGACCAUGAUUGAAGGUUGGGGUCGAGUACAAAACUUUAAGGAAGCAGAGCGGUAUUAUAACGAAAUGAAUCGCUUAGGUUUUAAGCCCAACUCAUCAAAUUUGUACACAAUGAUCAAUCUGCAAGCCAAAAAUGGAGAUGAAGCUGGUGCUGUUAGGACCAUCAAUGAUAUGAUGACAAUGGGAUGCCAGUUUUCCUCCAUUCUCAGUAUCGUUUUGCAAGCAUAUGAGAAGGUGGAGAGGUUUGAUAAAGUGCCUUCUGUUGUGAAAGGUGUGCUUUACAAUCAUGUUCUCAAUAAUCAAACGUCAUGUUCGAUUCUUAUGAUGGCUUAUGUGAAACACGGCUUGGUAGAUGAUGCAAUUGAAGUUCUGGGGAUUAAAAAGUGGAAAGAUAAAGUAUUCGAGGAUAGCCUAUAUCAUUUACUAAUUUGUACUUGUAAGGAGCUGGGUUAUCUUGAUAACUCUAUCAAGAUAUAUGCAUCUAUGCCGAAAUCUGGCAAACCCAACUUGCAUAUCACAUGCACUAUGAUUGAUAUUUAUAGUUGUUUGAAUCAGUUUAAGGUGGCAGAAGCCCUUUAUAGUAAGCUGAAAUCAACAGGUGUUCCUUUGGAUUUGAUAGCAUUUAGCAUAGUUGUAAGAAUGUAUGUGAAAUCUGGAUCCUUAAAUGAUGCCUGCUCGGUUCUUGAUGCCAUGGAAAAACAGAAGGGCAUUGUUCCAGAUAUAUAUUUGUUUCGAGAUAUGCUUAGAAUUUAUCAAAGAUUGGGGAUGGUAGAUAAGUUGGCUGAUCUUUACUACAAAAUCUUGAAGGCUGGAAUUUCAUGGGAUCAAGAGAUGUACAACUGUGUCAUAAACUGCUGUGCUCGUGCUUUGCCAAUCGACGAGCUUUCUAGGCUAUUCAACGAGAUGAUUAAGCACGGAUUUUCACCUAAUACCACCACGUUUAAUGUAAUCCUUGACGUUUAUGGGAAAUCCGGGCUUUUCAAAAAGGUAAGACAGGUGUUUUGGAUGGCUAAAAGACAAGGUUUGGUCGAUAUUAUCUCUUACAAUACUGUUGUGGCUGCAUAUGGGAGAAGCAAAGAUUUGAGGAAUAUGGCUUCGGUUGCUAGAAGAAUGCAAUUCAAAGGAUUUUCUGUUUCUCUUGAAGCUUAUAAUUCUAUGUUGGAUGCUUAUGGGAAAGCAGAUGAAAUGGAGAAGUUUAAAAAUGUGCUGCUGAGAAUGAAGGAAUCGAAUUGUGGUUCGAAUCUUCAUACUUAUAAUAUCAUGAUCAACAUAUAUGGAGAAAAAGGGUGGAUUGAAGAAGUUGGUGAUGUGCUAAUGGAACUGAAGGAAUCUGGGGUGGCACCAGAUAUAUACAGCUAUAAUUCUCUGAUUAAGGCUUAUGGGAUUGCAGGAAUGGUUGAAGAUGCUGUGGAUCUGGUUAAAGAAAUGAGAAAAAAUGGCAUAGAACCUGAUAGAAUAACAUAUAUUAAUCUGAUUACUGCUUUGCAAAAGAAUGAUAUGGUUUUGGAGGCACUUAAGUGGUCAUUGUGGAUGAAACAGAUGGGGAUCUGAAGCCUUUAAUGAUCAGUGCAAGUAUACCAUUCCAGAACCAACGUCUGCAAGUAUACCAUCCCAGAACCACGCCUGAGCGGCUAAACAAACCGGUAAAUGUUUUAUGUUCAUGUUCAUAUCAAGAAUUUCCCUUGAAUAAAAUUUUCCCCUUUAUCCCAAAAAAUGAAAAGAAUUUGCCAAUCACAAUUAUAAUGAAAUUACCCUCUUAAUAUUA